AUGUCCUUUUCCACGACUGCCACUUCCACCGCUGUCAAGCCGGCCAGGUCCAACUUCUCGCGCUCGCUGCGCCGGCCAUCCAACGUUUCGUCGACACCCGACCUGGGAGCGCUCUACGCCGCCCAGCCGAAGCUGCUGCGCAAGACAUCGCUCGCGGCCCUGACUCCGAGCUCCCUGGCCAGCAUCCCCGAUGGGAGCGAGAGCUACGCCAUCGACUCCGUUCUGAACGAGAUUUCCGAAAACACCAUUCCCGAGGAAGAUCCUGCGACGCCGCCCGCCAUGGAACUGUCUGUCGGUGACUCUGUCAACGUGCCGGGAGGCAUGGUCGGUACCGUCCGCUUUGUCGGCACCGUCCAGGGGAAGAAAGGCACCUUUGUCGGCGUCGAGCUGGAUUCGGAGUUUGCGGCGAGGGGGAAGAACAACGGCGACGUUGAUGGCGUCUCCUAUUUUUCGACCAACGUCUCUGGCGCCGGCAUCUUCGUCCCGGUCGCCAAAGCUCUGCGAAAGCCCUCCGGCUCAUCCCCCAAGACACCAACGCCCAAUGCUGCGAGCGGCUUGAAGCUUGGCAAGAGCAAUUCAGUGAGCCUGAAAUCUCCAACAUCAAGCCUCUCCAAGUUAAGCGCCUCGGUUGGGGCUGGUGGUGCUCGAGUUCAAAGCCCAAAGGGCAAAAAGUCACAGCCCUCACUUCAACGCCCCGAUGAGUCACCACAACGGAAGUUGGCCAUGUCGCCUGGGCCACGGCCGUCAAUUUCAGCGCCAGGAAUCAAAGCUCCUCCAAGAUACGGUAGUCCGACAAACCGACUUGCACAGAGCGUGCGCGGAACUGCUGGUCACAUGGGCGAUCCCAACAAGGCCGCGGCGAUGGAACGACGGCCAAGCUUUGGACCUCGUAGCGCAUCCUCUCUGGGCCCCGAGCCAUUAUUUGAUGAAGAUCCUAACCCACCGACAAUGCCUCCCCUGCCAACAAAAAGCAACACAGGCCUGGGGUCGCUGUCAUUGCGGCCGCCAUCCCGAGCGACUAGCAUUAACGACGAGGAGCUCGAACGAUUGCGCGCCCAGCUAGAGGAUAGAGAUCGGCAACUCAAAGAACAGGCCUCAACAUUAGCAGAAAUGGAGAGCAGUCUUACUGAGCUCCAAACGCUAAUAGAACACCCUGACGGACUGAGGCGAAGCAGCAUAGACGACAAAGAUGCAAACCAGCUUCGACACAUGCUGAGAGAAAAGAAUGAGAAAAUUGCCAUGCUUGCAGCCGAAUUUGAUGCUCAUCGAGCAGAUUUCCGGAGUACCAUUGACACGCUUGAAAUGGCCAGCACAGAAACUGAACGAGUAUAUGAGAAACGUAUAGAGGAGCUUAUAGCAGAUAUCCGUGAGCUUGAGUCAAGAAACUUGGAUGUUGACUCUGUAGCUACACAACUGAAGCAGCUAGAAGAGCUGGUCCAAGAGCUUGAAGAAGGGCUAGAAGACGCUCGCCGUGGCGAAGCCGAGGCUCGCGGAGAGGCUGAAUUCUUGCGAGGAGAGGUUGAGAGAACACGGUCAGAACUUCGGCGAGAGAAGGAAAAGGUCGUUCCUCAUAACAUGUCGGCUUUGAGUGGCGACUCCGCGGUACUAGCCAAGGAGCUGGAGCAGAAGGAAGACGAGAUUCGAGGACUGAAGGCUAUUAUCCAUUCCCUUAGCCGAGACUCAAUUCCUGGUGCCGAAGGCCACACUCCUAGACCACGACCCGGCUCAUUAAUUAGCGAAAAGGAUGCCGUUGAGAACAAGAUUGCUCGAGAUAAUCUAGAGAGACAAGUCGCUGAGCUUCAGCAUAUUAUCAAGGAGAAGAAUCACAAAGAGGAGGAGUUGCAGCACGAGAUUGCAUUCCUGCGCUCAAACAACAUCAACCCUGGUCGCGACUCGGCCCCUAUCCGAGAUUCGGCUCCUAUUCGACGAUCAUCCGUACGGAACUCAAGAGAGACGGUUCGAGAGAUGGUUAUCCCCACCCAACCUCAAGAAGAAGAAUCUUCAGAUCUUUCACACAACUCGCACAAGCGAGCAAGUACCCUCGAGACAAUGAACGAGAGCGACACCUAUUCAACUGCCACCGAGAGUAGCACUCUUUGGUGCGAGAUCUGUGAGACAGGUGGCCAUGAUAUCUUGACUUGCACAAAUAUGUUUGGCAAUGAUAACGCCAAGAGCAAGAAGAUGGACGAGAAGGAAGAGGAGGAUGAUGAUGAAGAAGAGGACGAAGAGGAAGAACGCAGAGAGAAGGAGGAGAGGGACGAGAGAGACACUACUCACGAGGACCUCAAGCCUCUUACACCCACGGGUGAUGAUGAAGUUAUUCAACACCCCGCCGUGUUGACCCCCGGUAUUCCCAAGGAAGAGCCCGCAUCGGCCCCGGCUGUGAGAAUCAUUCCCAACCCCAUGGAAUCAGGGCCCGUGGCUGGCAAGGAGAGUGGCAUUCUGGACCCGGAGAAGUGGUGCGCCAUAUGUGAGCGGGAUGGCCAUGAUAGCGUCGAUUGCCCCUUUGAAGAUGCAUUCUAA